UGUGUCUAAGAGCGGGACCUUCCAAGGGGGAGACGAAAGUUCUGCAAAUCCAUCUUUGUUUUCAUUUGAGUCGACGAUGUUGGUGUCCGUUACAGAUUAAUCUGUUAGUCAAGUUAACAGAUACACAUAGCUAUAAUUUACUUUUAGUGAAAAAAAUAUAACCUCUAUGGACAUGGUAAACUCAAACACUGACUUCAAACCAAGAAUAUAAGAACAAUCCAAGUUCCUGUUUAUAUAAAGAGUAGAGAAGAGAAGAUGGAGGAGUUGUACACCCUUGAGAGGGAGGUCGGGCGGGGCAGCUACGGGGUGGUCUAUGAGGGACACAUGUCUAAAACAGGCGAGCGGGUUGCCAUAAAACGCCUACCCUGCAGUAGCCCAGAGUGCAUCGAGCUUUACCUCCAGGAGCUGUGGGCUAUGAGAGCCACGGCCAAGAYCCACCCCAACGUCAUCGCCCUCCAUGGCUGCCUGCUGCAGACCGGACCCAAGACCCUGCAGCCCCUCAGGCCAGGCAGGCUGCCUCUGGACCUGGUGGAGAGCGCCCUGAAGGGGAGCGUGGUGGGGAUAGAGCAGAACCAGGUGGAGAAAAMGAGUAAGUCCGACUCCUCCCGGUCUAAAACUAAGAACAGAACUAACUCAGGUGGUCUCUUCAGAACCAAGAGCAGAUUGAGAACUAACUCCGAGUCAGACUUCUUCAGGUCCAAAUCCCAGGAAACAACUAACUCUGACUUAUCCGUGUCCAAAACACCUGUGAGGAAAAUUUCUGGCCUCUCCAGGCCCAGAAAGAGACCAGCCCCCACCGGAGAGAAGGAGAACCGUGGUUCCAGGCGCUGCUUGGCCCUGUGGCUGGUGAUGGAGUACUGUGAUGGGGGAGACCUGAACCACUACCUGUUGUCCAGACCUCCAGACAGCCAGAGGAACCACUGCGUGGUCCAACAGCUCAGCUCAGCCAUGGCCUUCCUCCACCGCCUCCGCAUCGUACACAGAGACCUGAAGCCAGACAACGUGCUUGUCUCUCUCACGCCUAACGGGCCUCUCAUCAAGGUGGCUGACUUUGGCCUGAGUAAGAUGAGCGUUGAGGGGGGCCAGGGGAUGGAAGGAGACACCAGGCAGCACUUUUCCUCUACAUGUGGCUCUGACUUCUACAUGGCUCCAGAGGUGUGGGGUGGCCUCAGCUACACGGCCCAGGCAGACAUCUUCUCCCUGGGGGGGAUGUUCUGGGCCGUCCUGGAGAGACUCACCUUCCUGGAGGAGGGCUCCACACAGGAACAACUGGGUGCGUAUGUGUGUAAGACCCGCUGGCUGAUGCCCCUGGGCGAGGCGUUGUGUGAGAACCCAGACCUCCAGGUGUGUAUCCCCAUGAAGUCCCGCCGCGCCCCCUCUCUACCGCCCCCUCCUGGCCAGGCUGUCUGCACCCUGCUACUGGACAUGCUGGCCUCAGACCCUGACGCCCGGCCCACCGCCGCCCAGCUGGAAGACAGGGUCCGCACUGCCAUGGAGGAGGACGCACAGUGACGGGCUGCGUCCCAAAGGUCACCCUAUUCCCUAUAUAGUGCACUACUUUUGACCAGGGCCCUUGCGGUUUUGGUUAAAAGUAGUGUAUUAUACAGGGAUAUUGGACCCUGGUCAAAAUAAGUGCCCCUAGAUGGGGAAUGGGGUGCAUAUUGGGAUACAGAGCUUCUAUAUCCAAUGUACUGAACACUCAUAGUCAAGUCUUAUCUGCUAGCUGUGUGAGGGACCAUGACGGAGUUCAACCCACAACGUUGGGUUGAUGUUGCCACUUGUCAGUACCAUGCUAACCGCUGGUGCUUCUCUUCUCAUCAAUAUAUUCAGUUGUAUGUGGUCCCUACAGAAAUUGAACCCACAACCUUGGUGACCCAAUGCUCUAGCCAUCUUAUGGUCAAAAUAAACUUGUGCUAACUUGCCAGCACCAUGUACGCACCACCGUCACCAGGAACAACUACUGCUACAUAGGAACUUAUGGUUCUAAGAUGUACCUAGCCUUUUAAAGAUGCUUUUGGGAAACGGGGCCUUAGCYUCCCUCAGUCAGAAGACUAACUGUUCUUUAGGCACAUCAAUAGACCUACUGGGUGAGUGAGUGGUGUUUUUGUCUUCGAUGCUACAAACAGUACGUUACAUGCUUUCACUGUUUGGUUCGCUAGACUAUAGGCCUACGUUGUGGUCAGAAAUGGUUUGCACCUAAUAUUUAUUAUUUCAUUAAUUGUGUAAUUUACUUGAAUGAUUGUAUCAAUGCUUGAAGAUACCACUUGAUGCCAAUACGUGUAUUAAACUAACAUUUUUAUUUUAAGGGAAUGUGAUUUUAAUAAAUACAUAUUUAUGGUG